GUACUUUGCUCCUGUAUGUGUAGAAGCUGUAUGCUCAUACCUGCAGGACACACACUCACUUCAACAUACAGAUACCUGGCAACUGGACACUCCAUUUCUAGUCUGCACUUUCAGUUCUUGAUUGGGAAAUCAACUGUUAGCUACCUAAUCCAGGAUACAUGCUCCAUCAUUUGGGAUGUUCUUAAAGAGGUGGUCUUCCCGAAACCUACAACUGAUGAAUGGGCAAAGAUAGCAGAUAUCUUCUGGCAGCAGUACAAUUUCCCAAAUUGCAAAUUUUUCUGGUGAUCUUUUUUUUUACACCAAUGAAUCUUUUCCGAUUUAUAUGUAGACCUCUCAUCAAAGGACAUAACCUGCAUCUGAAAGGUUUUCCUGUAAGGACUUUGAUGGCGGGAGAAUAUUCACAUAAACAAGAUAACCCUGCAGAUGAAUUUCUGAAAGAGGCCUUUAAAAUAAUAAUUGAGGAAGGAGUGCAAAAUUCCACUAAUAGGGAUUAUAAGGUAUGUGAAUGGAUGGAGCCAGAGGCGUUACAGAAAGUUUUGGAUUUAAACCUGAGGAGUAAUGGAGAAUCGAAGGAAGUGUUGCUAGGAUACUGCAGAGACAUCAUUAAACUGAGCGUUAAAACAGCACACCCCCGCUUCUUCAACCAACUUUUUUCCGGAUUAGAUCGCUAUGCCUUGACCGGUAGAAUCAUAACUGAGACUCUGAACACAAGCCAAUACACCUAUGAAGUUGCUCCAGUGUUUGUUCUGAUGGAAGAUGAAGUGCUUAGAACAAUGAGAAGUUUCCUUGGUUGGAAUACAGGAGAUGGCAUAUUUUGCCCAGGGGGCUCCAUGUCCAAUAUGUAUGCUAUAAACGUUGCUCGAUUUCAGCGUUUUCCGCACUGCAAAGAGAAAGGCCUGCAUUCCCUUCCCAGACUGGUACUGUUUACUUCACAAGAGAGUCAUUACUCCAUCCAGAAGGGUGCAGCAUUCCUUGGAAUUGGGACUGAAAAUGUUAUUAUUGUGAAGACAAGCAGCAGAGGGAAAAUGGAGCCAGAAGAUCUUGCACAAAUACGAGAGGCAAAAUCAAUGGGUUCGGUCCCUUUCCUUGUUAGUACAACUUGUGGGACAACUGUUUUUGGAGCUUUUGAUCCCCUCCCAGACAUCGCAGAAGUGUGUGAGCAGCAUGGUCUCUGGUUACAUGUUGAUGCUGCCUGGGGAGGUAGUGCCCUUUUAUCCAACCGCCAUAGGCAGCUCCUUAACGGAAUUGAAAGAGCAAAUUCUGUAACCUGGAAUCCUCAUAAACUGCUAGGUGCUGGUUUGCAGUGUUCUGCUUUUCUGCUCCGAGACACAACGGGGUUGCUGGAGAGAUGCCAUGCAGCCAAUGCCACCUAUUUGUUUUCAAACUGACUAAGUUUUAACAGCCUGAAAUUGACAUGAGAUAAGUCAAUUCAAUGUGGCCGCAGAGUGGACUGCCUGAAGCUCUGGCUGAUGUGGAAGGCACUUGGGACCAAGGGGCUGGAGCAACGGGUGGAUACGAUCCUGGAGAAUGCCAGAUACUUAGCAGAGGAAAUAAAACAAAGGGAGGGAUUCAUUCUGCUGAUGGAGCCAGAGUUUGUAAAUGUAUGUUUUUGGUAUGUGCCACCAAGCCUCCGAAACCAAGAAGAUUCCCCAAACUUCUGGGAUAAACUGGGAAAGGUAUCCCCAAUAGUAAAGGAAAGGAUGAUGAAGAAAGGAUCAAUGAUGGUUGGAUACCAGCCCCAUGGAAACAGGGUUAACUUUUUCAGACAGAUUGUGGUCAAUCCUGAAGUGACAAAAGAAGAUCUAGACUUUUUCCUGGAUGAAAUAGAACGAUUGGCAGAAGACUUGUAAUUCGUUUUUUUUUUUUAAUAUCAGAUGUGAUGUGGACAUACCCAAAGUAAGCUAAACAAUUUUUAGGGGCAUUUUACGAUCUCAGGAAAUGCUAUAAGCAGUCAGAACAUCAGUUUUUCUUUCAAAACAAUUAGUCUUUUUUUUCUUAU